AUGGAAAAGAAGGAUGGCUUUGUGACUGCCAGGCCUCAGAAAGUAUUGUCUUUACAUACAACUCACAGUCUUAAAUUCUUGGGAUUGCAACAAUAUCUAGGCUUUUGGAGUGGCCCAAAUUAUGGUAAAGGUGUGAUUAUUAGAGUUAUAGACUCUGGAGUUUUGCCGAACCACCCUUCGUUUGGCGACGAAGGAAUGCCACCUCCACCUGCUAAAUGGAAGGGGAAAU